GAGGGUAGAAAAUCCGAGGAAGUUAUGCAUGUGAGGGGUAGAGAAAAUAAUAGUAGACGACAUAGAUCUAAGUCUAGGUCUAAUUCGAGGCGUUGCUAUUAUUGUCAUGAACCUGGUCAUUUCAUAAAAGACUGUCCUAAAUCUAGGAAAAAUGAGCAUAGUGAGCAUGCUAAUUUGACUACGUGUGUAGAUGAUUUAGGUGAUGUUUUUAUGACAAAUCUAUGUGAUUAUGACUACUUGAGUUCUGUGAUAUCUGAUUCUUUGGGUAAAUCAGAUUGGGUGGUAGAUUCUGGUUGUAGUUUUCACAUGUCCCCUUUGAAAAAUGUUUUUUCAAACUAUAGAGAGAUUGAGCAUGGCUUUGUGUCUUUAGCAAAUGAGAAGAAAUGCAAUGUGCUAGGAAUAGGAGAUGUAUGCCUUAGGUUUUCUUCUGGUUAUGUGCUUACUUUGAAGAAUGUUAGGCAUGUUCCUGAGCUGUGUUGUAAUUUGCUAUCUUGUGCAUCUCUUGAAAAUGA